CGAAAUAGCAUUUUAUAAAUAUUUUUCUAAAUAUAAAAAUAAAACAAUUUUCUCAAAAUAUUUAAAAUCUAAGUUUUCUUCUUUGAGGACAGGCUAUAGAGCAUGUGCUUUACAUGCAUAGAGUCCCAGGGUCAAUCCCUAGCAUCUCCAUGUAGGGAGAAGAAUAAAACGACAAUAUUUUCAUUAUCCAGACAUCGGUCAUCCCACCUCCUAGCAAGAUGUAUGCUAUACUGGAUUUAUCGAGGCACAUAACAUAUCUGCAAGGGAAGCUGACAAAUGUACACAAGAAUCCUUUAAGAGGCCAAAGGAAAGUAGAAGACAGAAGUUCACACCAACAGAGAGAGCUAGGUAGGGGACACAGAGGAAACAGGGAUCAAUUACGGUAUAUUAAAGCUCUGGAGAAGGCAGGCAGGCUUUGGAAACUGGAAGGACAGCUAAUGCUAUAUCUAUCAGCACAUGGUACAGAUCAGUCGAAAUCUAAAGCAGACCCAGGUAUUCCAUAAAAUGAAGUAGCAUCUGUUAAAUAUAAAGUAUGCUCACAUGUACUUUUCAUUCUAUUUAGCAAUGUUUACUUGGCUUACUUCUAAGUCAACAUAUAUAGGGUUGCACUGUGAAUUAAUGACCAAAAAUACAAUUCACUGUAUAAUUUUAGAAGUUGAGGUAUCUGCUCAGUGAAUCCACAAACUCUGUUAAUAUUCAAGGCUACCAUAUUUUGAAUGAAGGAAAAAUAGGCAAACUAUUUUCUAAAAAUAACACAGCAAAUAUUUCUUCUGGUUCUCAAUGGUUCUUUUAUUUUACCCCCUGAGGAAUUUUAAAUAUGAAACGCUUAGGCAUGAGCACUGCUUGCUGUUUUUCACAGAUGCUUCAUACUGUAUUUCAGUUAUAGAAACUGUAUUUUAUACAUACUGUAUUUCCAAUUAUGGAAAAACAGACAUGUAACACCAAAGAAAUGAUCGUGCAGAAGAUUAUCAUGCAAUAACUGCCAUGAAGUCAGAAAUCCAGUACUAGAACACUCAGAAAUCAAUGGAAAUAUUUGUGAAAACAAGCAAGAAAGCAAUUCAACCGAAGCCAUUAACUUUUGCCAUCAUAUUGAAAGUGAUGUCAGAUACUCCAAAGAUUCUAAUCUGCUUGCUUCUAGAAGAGACAUAUUAAGUCCCUGAUCCUCUGUUGUCUGGAUCUUUGCCAUCAAUUUCAAUAAAAGUGAUAUUCUCCAUAGCACCCUCUCAUACAUCAUAACCUUUUUCUCAUUUCAAGAGAACAGACAAAUAUAGCAAUCCAAAUGAAUUACUAGGAAGUAGGCCUCACUGAAUAAACAUGCUUUGGGUUGUGCUGGAAGAUCAGUGAACAAUCCACACCCUCAUUCCACCUUUUUACUUAUUUUUACCCUAAACAAGUGCAGGACUUGAACUAGUAGUAGAGUUGUGACAGUUAUUCAGUUUUCACAUUUGGGGUUAAGCACUGUGCUUGCCUUGCUAGACAGCUUGGAAUCUUCAGCCGUUCUUAAUCAUUAAUCUGCUUUUGCAGAAGGAGAGGUUCUUCGGUCAUCUAGCCCAAAAUCUUUUGCAAGUUUCAUACUGCAGCUAAACUGAAAUACAGCAUGGCAGGGGGCCAGCAUGCUGCAGUGAAUAGAAGGUGCAGCUUUGACACGCAGAAGGCAAGUUCAGGUUUCUGUUCAGCCAAGAAGUUCAGGUACUAAGCUUGUUACACUCACAUAAUUUUGUUAUUUAAGUGAACUUGGGAUUGCCUAUAGGGGUGUAUACUCAAUGGGGUGUUGCAGCUGGCCAGCCAAUCGCAGCUUCCUAAUUAGCAAACCCUUAUGUUAUACUUACUUACCACACUUUUUUAGGUAUGCCCUUAAAAAACAUCUGCUGUGAACAAGUUUAUUUUUAUCCAUAUCACUGGGUAGUAUCUGUUGCCUUAAUAAAAUAGGAAGGAAAUUCCCAGUCUCUUCCCACUUUAUCAUAAUAUCACCAGUACAACAGAAAUUAAAUUUAGAACUGCCCCUUUUAAGACGGCAAACAUACCAAGGAACAAAAUCAACUCAAAGCUAAGGAUUACAACCCAUUUAAAAAGCACUUAACUUUCCAUUUUAAGGAACAGCAGAUCAAUCCAUUAUACAUUCAUUACAACAGUGGAAUGCAAUCUAUGCAUAAUUCCAGAUAUAUGCAUUCAAAUAUGCACAAGCAUAUGUUCACAUUCGCAUACACAUACUCACACUUUCAUUUUAGUUUGAGUGCACUACACAAAUAAGGAGAAAGAAUUCUGAAUAGAAAUAUCUGGCUCUAGUUUCUCCCUUACUUUAUACUUAAGGUCUUUAGAACGCUGGCAUACAGCUGAUAUAAACAAGACGCCAACUGAGUUUUAAAGAACUUGAACAUUCUCUGCUGCUACCCAAACUGUUGCAAAAAAAAGAAUAAGCAGGCGCUCAAGGCCAGCCAAAGAGCAGAAAGAAGCUAAUCCGUUUCUAAAAACCCUACAGUGUGAUGUUUUCUACAUAAUCUCAAAUGGUGAUUCAUACCAAGUAGGCUCCACUGUUCUUGCAGAACAGGCUAUUUUACUCACACUGAAUAUGUGACAUUACAGAUCCUGGAGAGGAAGGGGGGAUUGCUGGCUAGAGUGAGGUCACCGAGGUUCAGGGUCAGUAAGUGUUUCGUAUAUCCUGUCAUUUAAAAAGCGCUCCGGGACAGAAGUGGGAGGAGACAGAGAGAAAGGGGGGAAAGGGCGAGGAACCCGAGGAAUGUUAAGAAAAUGACAGAAUGUGCCACUGCUGCAGGAGAUCAUAUAUAGAGCAAUGGUCAUGAAACAAACACCGCGACCAUCCUGAGAGUUGGAUCUCAGGAAAUGCACAGUAUCAGGGCAUCCAUCCCAUUUUGUUCACGGGGCCUAAGCAAAGGGGGCAGACUAUAAAAACAAACAAAAACCCAGACCUUUUCCCUCCUCCUUUUCCAGCGGCCUCCCCCCCCCCCGCAACACUCACAAAGAAGAGAGCAAUGCUUAAUCCUUCCGUGUCGUGAUAACCCCCUCCUGCCUUUAUCUGCACAGCUUUUCACAGCUGACACCGACACCAGAAAGCCGCGCGCCACCAAAAGCCCCCAAGCCCCCUCUGGGGGAGUCCUUGACAGAUAAGAUGCGCAGCCCGGAAAUGCAGGAGAACACGGGAUCGGGUGGGUGGGAGAGAGAGAGAAUCCGAAGCCUGAAACCCCUCCUGGGAGAUCGGAGUGCACGGUAGGGGAGUCAGGGCGAGCCCAAAACAUCGCCACCACGUCCCAUCCCUCCCACGCAGUCGCAGUCCGGACUUUAUCCCUCUCUCCCUGUCCAUCCUGGAGGGGGUGGAGGCAAAGAGGCAGAAAGUCACAGAUCCCAAGUCCCCCUUCCGCAUCUAGACGUAGGUGUUUUGGAUCGGAUGAGAGACAGUCGAGGGAUCUGGGGGAUAAACAGGGGCUUGCUCUUCGCCACCAGGCGGGCUUCCCCCCCCCCCCGCCCCCGGCCGAGAUCUGCUCACCCCAUCGCCCCACACCUCCGCGGCGCCUCCCCACCGCCCUGAUCUCCCGGCCAGGCCCUUGACCCGCGCGCACCGGAGACAAUGAGGAGCGCCCCCAACUCACCAGAAGCAGCAGCAGCAGCAGCGGGUCUCUGCCGCUCCGGGACUUGGGGGCGGCUCUCGCCCUGCCCUCGGCUCCCUCCUUCUGGGCACGCCGCAGCCGCCGCCUCCUUCUCGGUAGCCGAGCCCCCCGCCCACCAAUGCCAACGCCGCCGCCGCCGCCGCCCAGGAGCCGCUUCCUGUUCGCUGCGCUGCCUGGUGCCGCGGGAGGGCCUCCGCGGGCGCCUUCCCUUCCCGGCGCAGGAGAGUCACGGCAUCCCGCCAGCCAACAUGGCUGCUCCCCGGGGGUUCGCUCCUCACCGCCGCUGCCGCGCUACUUCCUUUGCUGCGCCGCGGUGCGACUCCGGAUGCUGCUGGGCCGACUCCGCUCGCCAAAUGGGGAGCGAGCGCGACGGAGGCAGCAGCAGGAGAGAGCUCUGCCGAGCGCGAGCAGCCGCGCAGACCGGAGCCAGCGCGACAGCUAGCGGCCGGCGAGGGAGCUGCAGACGCGGCCUCCCUCAGUGCUCCGCGUCGCCAAGCCUGCCCGACGCCAAGGCGCGCGGGGAGCAGCGGCGAGGGUGCGCCGCUCUCCGCUCGCCUCUCUCCUCGGGACU